CAAUCCGUAAUUUCUUGUGCAAAUUUCAAUUUCCCAAAGCCUGACUCAGAUAAGAAUUUCCUCAGACUCCAAUUAGUGCACCUUUGCUUCUGCUAAAUGUCUACCAUUUCUUCUAUACUCCGGCGGGAAAUCCACCGGAAACCGCACGUUCUUAGCCGGCGAUCUCUAUUUUCUACUGCGGCGCCGGCGACGAAGGACCACAAUGCUACUCAAAAGAUUGAAAAAAUACUUAUAGCUAAUAGGGGCGAAAUAGCUUGUAGAAUCAUUAGAACCGCCAAAAGACUAGGGAUUCGUACUGUCGCCGUCUACAGCGACGCCGAUAGGUACAGUCUGCACGUAAAAUCGGCCGACGAGGCUGUUCGUAUUGGUCCUCCGCCGGCGCGUCUCAGCUACUUGAACGCUCCAACAAUUGUGGAAGCCGCAGCUCGGACUGGAGCACAGGCUAUCCACCCAGGUUAUGGUUUCUUAUCGGAAAGUGCUGAUUUUGCUCAACUCUGUGAAGAUGAAGGCUUGAUCUUUAUUGGACCUCCUGCAUCUGCAAUCCGUGAUAUGGGCGACAAAAGUGCUUCAAAGAGAAUAAUGGGUGCAGCAGGGGUGCCACUUGUACCUGGAUAUCACGGUGAAGAACAAGAUGUUGACUUAAUGAGAUCAGAAGCAGAGAAAAUUGGCUAUCCUAUUUUAAUUAAGCCGACUCAUGGAGGUGGAGGAAAGGGCAUGAGAAUUGUUCAAAGUCCUAGUGAAUUUGUUGAUUCAUUCUUGGGUGCUCAACGAGAGGCUGCUGCAUCUUUUGGCAUAAACACAAUCUUGCUAGAGAAAUAUAUUACUAAACCAAGACACAUUGAAGUCCAGAUAUUUGGUGACAAGAUUGGUAAUAUUAUCCAUCUCCAUGAGAGAGAUUGCAGUGUUCAAAGAAGGCACCAAAAAAUAAUUGAAGAAGCUCCUGCUCCAAAUAUUUAUAGUGAGUUCCGGACCCACUUGGGUCAAUCUGCUGUAUCUGCAGCUAAGGCAGUUAAUUAUCAUAGUGCUGGUACUGUGGAAUUUAUCGUUGAUACUCUUUCAGGAGAAUUUUAUUUUAUGGAGAUGAAUACCCGCCUUCAGGUUGAACACCCUGUUACCGAGAUGAUUGUUGGUCAAGAUCUUGUGGAGUGGCAAGUACGUGUUGCAAGUGGAGAGCCUCUUCCUUUGAGCCAAUCACAGGUUCCUUUAUCAGGUCAUGCUUUUGAAGCCCGGAUAUAUGCUGAAAAUGUCUCCAAAGGGUUUCUUCCUGCUACUGGGGUUCUUCAUCAUUAUCGUCCUGUUCCAGUUUCAUCAUCAGUUAGAGUUGAGACUGGAGUUGAGGAAGGGGACACUGUAAGCAUGCAUUAUGAUCCUAUGAUUGCCAAGCUUGUAGUAUGGGGAGAGAAUCGCCCUGCAGCAUUGAUAAAAAUGAAAGACUGCUUGUCAAAGUUUCAGGUUGCAGGUUUGCCAACCAACAUAGAUUUCCUGUCUAAACUUGCACACCAUUUUGCUUUUGAAAAUGGUGAAGUGGAAACUCAUUUCAUUGAGCAGUAUAAAGAUGAUCUAUUCAUCAGUGCUGGAAUUGCACAAGAAGCAUGUAAUGCCAUGAGAUGUGGUGCAUCUAUUGCUGCUGCUUGCAUUUGCAAAAUGGAGCUCGCAGCAUCAAGGGAUAGUGCCCCUGGAGGUCUGUUUAUGUGGUAUGCUGAUCCUCCUUUUAGAGUACAUCGUUUGGCUAGUCGAACUAUGGAGCUUGAAGGCGAUGAUGAGUAUAACUAUAAUGGCUCAAAAAAUUUAAAUGUUUCCAUAACCUAUUUGGAUGAUGGGAAAUUCCUAGUUGAGACAGGAGAAAGCACUUCCCCCUGUUUGGAGGUCAAAGUAGAACAGUUAAGCAAUGAAAACUAUAUGGUUGAAGUAGACGGUGUAAAACUAAAUGUGAGCCUUGCUGUUUAUUCCAAGGACCAUUUUAAGCACAUCCACAUUUGGCAUGGUCAAUACCAUCAUCACUUCAAACAAAGUAUAGGUCUUGAACUGUUUGAUGAUGAUGAACUGCAACACAAACCUUCCAAUGAGUCUGCGUCUCAUCCUCCUGGAACUGUAGUGGCCCCGAUGGCUGGUCUAGUGGUUAAAGUUUUGGUGAAGGAUGGGGAAAAAGUUCAGCAAGGCCAACCAGUAUUGGUAUUAGAAGCAAUGAAGAUGGAGCAUGUCGUGAAAGCUCCAAAUACUGGCUAUGUUAGUGGACUUGAGGUUGAAGUGGGCCAGCAGAUUUAUGAUGGUGUUCCUCUCUUCAGUAUCAAGAAUUCAUAGAUCCACCGGCAUUUACGUUGAAGACAAUCUGAACUGGACCAGAAACUACAAGCAGCUCUGAAGAGAUUGCAGAAGAUCUCUGUAUCACUGUAUGCAAUGAUCUUGACAAGGAAACUGUACAUUAGUUGAAUAGGACAAUAGGUCAAUAAAAUUUCACAUAUGGGGGUUUGGGAUUUAGUGUAGUGUUAACGAAUUGAGCCACUCACGUUUACAACUUAUAAGGGGUUCAAAUCCCAUCUCCCGAAUCCCCUCAAAUGUAUUAAAUAAAAAAAAAAAGAAGAAAAAAGAAAUCAGAAUAAAAGCCUUUUUCAAUAUUCUUUGAUCUGUGACGUGGUGUUGAUGAUGGGAAGGGAUAUGCUAUAGUUGCUGUGGUCUGGAGAUGACACAGCAGUAGAGAGCUUGUUGGACAUGGCUUCACAUUGCUGCAUAUUUCGUAGCUAUAAGGGCAUCCCCAGCAAUGUAUAUUUGUUGGUUCAUGUCAGGCCAAGAACUGGAUCAUAAUUUUGAAACAGA